AUGUCGGACGUGGGCGAAUCUCCGCCUGAGCCGCCUUUUCUAGUCCGCCUCUUCUACAACUCUGGCUCAUUGAUCCACCCAGAAAAUUUUGCGCAUCCGGCAUCACUCUCCUUCAUCAACGUCUAUACCUGGCCAUCAUGCUCUCUUCAAGAAUUAGUACAUGAGCUCGCGGAUGCUCGACCAAAUCCGCUCCCCUCUCCAUCAAUAGGCACAAGAGUCGUAUUCCAGCUUGUUUACCCGGAUUUAAAAAGUAUAGGCUCCGGGUCUGCGGGUAGAAAAGCCAAGUUUGCCGUCAAGGACCUGGGCAGCUUCGUUAUUGGUACUGGUGGCCCUGGUGCUGAAGACGAUGAGGAUCUCGGUCACAACGCUGGAGGCCGUAGGGGUACUAUAUGGACACUACAAGACGCGCAUUUUGCGGCCGGAGACUACAUUUCAUGCGCAUUACUGCCACCACUAGAUGAUGGAUCCAUCGCGCCUGCUUACGACGCCACAGAGUCACAGGAGCACCCGAGGCAAGCCCUGCCAGAUCAGCCAUCAGCCUUUGGUAACCGUCGAAAUAACUUCAGCCAAAACUUCCGCGGUGGCUCCAUAAAUGGGAGCCCGCGAUUUCCGCGUGGUGAUUGGAGAGCAAACAAUCAACGGCAACAACCUGGCCGUGGGAGGGGUCGCGGUCGUGGCAGAGGCGGUUGGUGA